AUGUCCGGGUUCCAGGAAGCUAGCGAGAAGAUGCAAGAGGCGUCUCCUGCUGCGGCGGACGCCAACGGCACCGAAACAGCAGCGGCGCCGGCACAAGCACCGGAACCGGAACCGGAACCGGCGGCGGCGGCGGCGGCUGCUGCUGCUGCAACGGGAGCAGCUACCGCCGAAGGGGGUGAGAAGAAGCUGUCCAAGAACGCCAUGAAGAAGCUGGCGAAGUCAGGGGGCAAGAAGAAGGAGAAGAAGAAGUUUGCACCGCCGGCCGCUACCAGCGAGAAGAAGAAGGAAAAGAAGAAGGCCGCGGAGGUAAUCGUGACCUACGACGGGCCGCGGGACGGAACGAAGAAGGAUGUCUCCGGGGACAUGCCGGCGACGUACCAGCCCCUCUACGUGGAGGCGGCGUGGCAGGAGUACUGGGAGGCGGCGGGUUUCUAUACGUGCGACCCGGCGAAGGCGGCGAGCAUGCCGGCGGACAAGAAGUUCAUCAUGGUUAUCCCGCCGCCGAACGUCACCGGCUCCCUGCACCUUGGGCACGCCCUCACGGCGGCCGUCGAAGACACGCUUUGCAGGUGGCAUCGAAUGCUCGGCCACGCCACGCUCUACGUCCCGGGCACCGACCACGCGGGGAUCGCGACGCAGUCCGUGGUGGAGAAGAAGCUCAAGAAGGACGAGAACGUCACACGCCACGAUCUCGGGCGAGAAGAGUUCGUCAACCGCGUGUGGAAGUGGAAGGAUGAGUACGGCGGCAAGAUCACGACCCAGAUCCGAAAGCUAGGGUCCUCGGUGGACUGGAGCCGGGAGGCCUUCACCAUGGACGCCAACCUGUCACGCGCCGUUACGGAGGCGUUUUGCCGGUUCCACGAGUCUGGCCUCAUCUACCGCGACACCCGCCUGGGGAACUGGAGCUGCGCGCUCAAGUCGGCGAUCUCGGACAUCGAGGUUGACUACGUGGACCUGGAGGGCAAGACCUACAUGGCCGUCCCGGGGCACACCAAGAAGCCGAAGUACGAGUUCGGUACGAUGACACACUUCGCCUACCGCGUGGAAGGGGGGGAGGAGGGGGAGGAGCUGGUGGUGGCCACCACUCGGCUGGAGACCAUGCUGGGAGACACGGGAGUUGCCGUGCACCCGAAGGACGAGCGCUACAAGAAGUUCCACGGCAAGACCCUGGUGCACCCCUUCACGGACAGGAAGAUACCGGUCGUUCUGGACGACGUCCUCGUCGACAUGGAGCUGGGAACGGGAGCCGUUAAGAUCACCCCGGCGCACGACCCGAACGACUACCUGUGCGGCAAGAGGCACAACCUGCCCUUCAUCACGGUCCUCGGGCUGGACGGGGCCAUGAACGCCCAGGCGGGGGAGUUCGAAGGCAUGAUGCGUUACGACGCUCGCGUGGAGGUGGAGAAGGCCCUGGAGUCUAAGGGCCUGCUGAGGGGAAAGGACCCCCACAAGAUGCGCCUCGGAGUGUGCUCUAGGUCCGGCGACAUCAUCGAGCCCAUGAUCACGCCGCAGUGGUACGUGAAGUGCGACCGCAUGGCGAAGCGGGCGGUGGACGCGGUGAAGAACAAGGAGCUCAGGAUAGAGCCGCCCAUGCACGAGAAGACGUGGUACCAAUGGCUCGACAACAGCAGGGACUGGUGUAUCUCGCGCCAGCUGUGGUGGGGGCACCGCAUACCGGCCUACUUCGCCUCUGUGGAGGGGGAGAAAGCCGUCGACCAGGUGUGCCUGAGCCAGGACGAGGACGUGCUGGACACGUGGUUCAGCUCGGGGCUCUUCCCAUUCUCGGUGUUCGGGUGGCCGGACGUGGACAGCGAGGACCUCAAGGCCUUCUUCCCCACCACGCUGCUGGAGACGGGCAUGGACAUCCUCUUCUUUUGGGUGGCCAGGAUGGUGAUGAUGAGCCUGGAGCUGACCGACGUCCUGCCGUUCAAGACGGUCUAUCUCCACGCCAUGGUCCGGGACAAGUUCGGCCGCAAGAUGAGCAAGACCCUCGGAAACGUCAUCGACCCGCUAGAGGUGAUCUACGGUUGCGAUCUCGACACUCUGCACAAGAAGCUCGAGGUUGGGAACCUCCCCGCCAAGGAGAUGCAAAAGGCGAAGGAGGGCCAGAAGAUGGACUUCCCCAAGGGCAUCCCGGAGUGCGGGGCCGACGCUCUCCGCUUCGGCCUCCUCGCCUACACGGUCCAGGGCCGAGACGUGAACCUGGACAUCUCCCGCGUUGUCGGCUACCGCAACUUCUGCAACAAGCUCUGGAACGCCGUCCGCUUCGCCUUGACGUACCUCACGGACGCCAGCCCGCCGCUAGACCUGGCGUCUGAGCUCAUCGCGUCGUUGGAUUCGGCGGCGCCGAGGGACCGUUGGAUCUUGUCGAGGCUUAACGUGGCCGUCGCAGAGUGCAACCGAUGUCUGGAGGAAUACAAGUUUGGCGACGCUACCCAGGUGGCGUACUCGUUCUGGCUGUACGACCUUUGCGACUACUACCUCGAGCUCAUCAAGCCCGUCGUCGGCGACACGAGCGAAGGAAACAAGAAGGCACGCUCCAUCGCGCAGUCGUGCCUGUACCUCUGCUUGGACUACGGCCUCAAGCUGAUCCACCCUAUCAUGCCCUUCGUGACGGAGGAGCUGUGGCAGCGGCUCCCCGGGAGGGGAAGCAUGGGCCCAGAAGAGGCCCCGUCGAUCAUGGUGGCGCCCUACCCCCAAGCGGACGAGCGCUUCGCCAACCCCGCGGCCGAGACGGACAUGUCGGCGGUCAAGGCGGCCAUCCACGCCGGCCGGUCGCUGCGGUCGUCCUACGGGAUAGUGCCCUCGGCGAAGGCGGAGUUCUACGUCAAGUCCUCGUCGGAGGAGCGGCAUAACGUCAUCACCAAGCAGGCGAGCGAUUUCAUCACCUUGGCCAAGGCGUCGACAGCGGUCCCGAUCAUGAACGAGGAGCCCCCCGAGGGCUGCGCCGUGCACAUCAUCGACGACCAGUCGCAGGUGUACGUGCAGCUGCGAGGGAUGGUCGACUUCGAUGUGGAGAUCAAGAAGCUCCAGAAGCAGCUGGACACCAAGAUCGAGCCUCAGAUCACCAUGCUCGUGAAGAAGAUGGAAGCCCCCGGGUACGUGAACAAGGUCCCGGAGGCCGUCCGAGAGACCAACUCCAAGAAGAAGGCCGAGUUCGAGGCGCAGAAGGACAGCGUCCUCAAGGCCAUGCAGCAGUUCGAGGGGCUCAAGAUCUAGCUUGUCGACUUGGUCGUUCGUCUACUUGUUUUGUUUGUGGAUGUUUCAGUAGUAGCAGCAGCAGCAGCAGCAGCAGCAGGAGUAGCACGGUCUGCUCGGUUUGGUAGCAAGGCGGGGGCUACUCUGAGGUCGUGUUACAACCCGGGGACCGGGGACCGCGUGGUGCAAUGGUCGUCGUGGUUUGGCGUUGCCAUGAAGGCGGAGAGCUCUAGAAGCCGAGCCGCCGCAUGAGGCCUCGUUGCAGCAUGCUGAACUUUGCCUUACUUCGCCUGCUUUGGGCCAUACAGGAGCCCCCGGUCCUCUUGGUGCGGCAACAGCGCGAAUCUGGUCGUUUUAAGCGCCCGAUUGCGUUGCAUGGAGGGUCAGUGUGAUGCUGUGGCAGCAGCCAGGAGGAUAAGCGCUUGUGUUUCUUGUCAGUUAGCGAAUCAACGAAG